AACCAAAAAGGAAAAAAAAGAACAAAACUGCUUGCUGCUAUUUGCGGGUCGCAAAAGAAACGCGAACGAAACUGAGCGUGUAAACUUUUCAGAGUGAUAAGAGUUGUGGUGAUAAACCAAAGAAGUCCAAGCUAUAAGUGAACUAUCUUAAAAAACAAAACUAGUCGAAGCACACUUCCGUUUUACUGUGCCGUUUAUCAUCGCAGGCUGUUCGCUUUUGUUUUUGUUAGUUUUUGGAAUCGUGUCAUCCACUUCUCGCCCGGCAAAAAGUUUCGUUUUGUUUGUUUGUUGUCAUCAGCCAAGCGACAGUUUCGAGUUGCACUUGAAGACAUUCAGUUGCUCGUUUUGGUUGCUCUGCUCACCGAUUAAUCAUCGAAAACAAGAUGCGCUGGCACUGCUGGCAACUGCUGGCUGCUGUUGCCGUGUGCCUGGCCAGCGUUGUCCAACUCGCCAACGGACAGUGGGUGAACUGCCCCAGCGGUUGCACUUGCCUCCCGGGCACAGUUCGCUGCAUUCGCGCCCGACUCACCGCGCUGCCCAAACAACUGCCAAAGGAUAUCAAAGUGCUAGAUUUGCGCUUCAAUCGCAUUGAGGAGCUGCCGGCCAAUGCAUUCAAUGAACUUGGUCAACUGACGACACUAUUUCUGGAUGAGAACGAGCUGGCUUAUGUGCACGAGAAUGCAUUCAAGGGUCUAUCGUCGUUGCGGUUUCUCUAUUUACAUAAAAAUCGCCUAAGCCGAUUACCCGCCAGCGUCUUUCAGCAGUUGCCGCGUUUGGAGACACUCUUUCUGGAAGACAAUGAUAUUUGGCAACUUCCACCCGGACUCUUUGACAAUUUACCCCAUUUGUAUAGCCUUUCAUUGCGCAACAACAAGCUGACAAGUCUUCCAUUGGAUAUGUUCAACAAAUUGCACAGCCUGAAGCGUUUGCGUUUGGAUGCCAACCCGAUUAAUUGCAAUUGCGGGGUGUACUCCUUGUGGCGUCGGUGGCAUCAGGAUGCACAACGUCAACGGCUGGCCAUCAGUUUGAACUGUGCUCAACCGUCUGCACUGCAACGUCAGUUCAGUUUUAGUGACCUCUCGGAGCAGCAUUUCCAAUGCGCCAAGCCACGAUUGCUAGAGGGACCCCAGGAUAUGCAAGUUCAGGCGGGUGACACUGUGGACAUGGUCUGCAAUGUGGAGGGCCAACCCAAACCGGAGCUCACCUGGAUGCACGACACCAACGAGAUCGGUGUAGAGCAGUCGCCGCGUAUUCAGAUCCUACCCACUGGCUCAUUGCGAAUCAGUGGCGUCCAGUCCAAUGACAUUGGCAUCUACGAGUGCAUAGCACGCAAUGAAAUGGGUGAGAUCAAAUCACAGCCCGUACGACUGAUGGUCAGCAAUGUGGACAGCCAGCAGGCUGGCAGCAAUCAGGUAUGGGCAGCGGAUGUCGCUGCGAAUGCGAUUGCGGAUGUGGAUACAACACUGGCGCCACCGCGCUUCACCCAUCAGCCGCAUGACCAAGUGGUGGCACUGCAUGGUGGCGAGCACGUGCUGUUAGAUUGCGCCGCCAGCGGCUGGCCACAGCCAGACAUACAAUGGUUCGUCAACGGUCGCCAGCUGACCCAGUCCACGUCCACACUGCAGCUGCAGGCGAACGGCAGUCUCGUUCUGCUCCAGCCCAGCCAGUUGACAGCGGGCACGUAUCGUUGCCAGGCACACAAUCAUCUGGGCAGCAUUGAAGCCACCGCCCGCAUCGAAGUCAAGGAUUUACCCGAAAUUUUAAUGGCACCGCAAAACCAAACAAUCAAACUGGGCAAAGCAUUUGUGCUGGAAUGCGAUGCCGAUGGCAAUCCUCUACCCACCAUAACCUGGCAAUUGAAUGGAGCUGCCUUACUCUCUGGCAACACCGUCGACCUCCUGCUGGAGAAUGAGAACACCGAACUGGUGGUUAGCGCAGCCAAAGACCACCAUGCGGGUGUCUACCGCUGCACGGCGAGCAAUGAGAAUGGCGAGGUGAGCGUGGAGGCAACCAUUAAAGUGGAGCACUCACAAACACCGCCGCGUUUGGCCAUUGAGCCCAGCAAUUUGGUGGCCAUUACGGGCACCACCAUCGAGCUGCCCUGCCAGGCCGAGCAUCACGAGACCGGACUUCAGAUUGUUUGGCGACGCGAUGGACGCCUUAUCGAUCCCAACGUGCAAUUGACGGAAAAAUAUCAAAUAAGCGGCACGGGCAGUUUGUUUGUCAAGAAUGUGACCAUCUUGGAUGGCGGACGGUACGAGUGUCAGCUAAAGAAUAAGUUUGGAAGAGCAACAGCCUCUGCUCUGGUUACCAUCAGAAACAAUGUAGAUUUGGCGCCUGGCGACCGUUAUGUGCGCAUUGCCUUUGCCGAGGCGGCCAAGGAAAUCGAUGUGGCCAUUAACAAUACACUGGACACGUUGUUCGCCAAUCGUUCCACUCGAGCACCACCCAACUAUGGCGAUUUAUUGCGUGUCUUUCGCUUUCCCACCGGCCAGGCCAGGCAGUUGGCACGUGCCGCGGAAAUCUAUGAGCGCACACUGGUGAAUAUUAGGAAGCAUGUGCAACGUGGCGAUAAUCUGACCAUGGAGAGCGAACGCUAUGAGUUUAGGGAUCUGCUGUCCCGUGAGCAUUUGCAUCUGGUGGCGGAGCUGUCGGGCUGCCAGGAGCAUCGCGAGAUGCCCAACUGUACGGAUAUGUGCUUCCACUCAAAAUAUCGCAGCAUUGAGGGCACCUGCAACAAUCUAAUUCAUCCUACUUGGGGUGCAUCCUUGACGGCAUUUAGGCGACUGGCGCAACCCAUCUAUGAGAACGGUUUUAGCAUGCCCGUGGGCUGGACGAAGGGUGUCCUCUAUGCAGGGCAUCCAAAGCCAAGUGCACGUCUCGUCUCGACCUCGCUGGUGGCCACCAAGGAUAUUACGCCCGAUGCACGCAUUACCCACAUGGUCAUGCAGUGGGGCCAGUUUCUGGAUCACGAUCUGGAUCAUGCCAUACCCUCGGUUAGUUCGGAAAGCUGGGAUGGCGUUGAUUGCAAGAAGACUUGUGAAUUUGCUCCGCCCUGCUACCCCAUUGAGGUGCCCCCGAAUGAUCCACGCGUGACAAAUCGUCGCUGCAUUGAUGUGGUACGCUCCAGUGCCAUCUGUGGUUCUGGAAUGACCUCGCUGUUCUUCGACGGUGUGCAGCAUCGCGAGCAGAUCAAUCAGCUGACAGCCUAUAUCGAUGCCUCACAGAUUUAUGGCUAUAAUACACCCUUCGCCCAGGAGCUGCGCAACCUGACAUCCGAGGAGGGACUACUGCGCGUGGGCGUGCACUUCCCCAAGCAGAAGGAUAUGUUGCCGUUUGCUGCGCCACAGGAUGGCAUGGACUGUCGCCGCAAUCUGGAUGAGAACCAAAUGAACUGCUUUGUCUCCGGCGAUAUACGGGUCAAUGAGCAGGUGGGUCUGCUGGCCAUGCACACGAUCUGGAUGAGGGAACACAAUCGCAUUGCGAGCAAUCUGCACAAGAUUAACAAACACUGGGAUGGCGAUCAACUGUAUCAGGAGGCACGCAAAAUUGUCGGCGCUCAGAUGCAGCACAUCACCUUUAAGCAGUGGCUUCCCCUUAUCAUUGGCGACAGUGGCAUGCAAAUGUUGGGCGAGUAUCGUGGCUAUAAUCCUCAGCUAAAUCCAAGCAUUGCCAAUGAGUUUGCAACGGCUGCACUGCGUUUUGGACACACCAUCAUUAAUCCUAUAUUGCAUCGUUUGAACUCAAGCUUCCAGCCCAUUCCCGAGGGACAUCUGCAGCUGCACAAGGCCUUCUUUGCUCCCUGGCGUCUGGCCUACGAGGGCGGAGUGGAUCCUUUGUUGCGCGGCAUGCUAGCUGUGCCCGCUAAGCUGAAGAAGCCCGAUGAGAAUCUCAAUAUGGAGCUCACGGAGAAACUGUUCCACACGGCACACGCGGUAGCUCUCGACUUAGCUGCGAUCAAUAUACAGCGUGGACGAGAUCAUGGCAUUCCCGGCUAUAAUGUGUAUAGAAAGUUCUGUAAUAUGACCGUCGCACAAGACUUUGAUGAUUUGGCCGGGGAGAUUAGCAAUACGGAAAUCAGGCAGAAGCUACGUGAGCUCUAUGGUCAUCCAGACAACAUUGAUGUAUGGCUAGGUGGUAUACUGGAGGAUCAGGUAGAGGGCGGCAAGGUGGGUGCGCUCUUCCAAUGCUUGCUGGUGGAGCAGUUCCGUCGUCUGCGUGAUGGUGAUCGUUUCUACUAUGAGAAUCCGGGCAUCUUCCUGCCCGAGCAGCUCGUCCAGAUCAAGCAGGCCAAUUUGGGACGUGUGCUGUGCGAUGUGGGCGAUAAUUUCGAUCAGGUUACAGAGAAUGUGUUCAUCCUGGCCAAGCAUCAGGGCGGCUACAAGCAGUGCGAGGACAUCGCCGGCAUUAAUCUAUAUAUGUGGCAGGAGUGCAGCAACUGCAAUAGCCUGCCAACCAUCUUUGACUCCUACGUUCCGCAGACGUACACCAAGCGCAGUCAGCGCAAUAAGCGUGAUGUCCACAGCUCUGAGAUGGAGCUGCCCGCUGCCGAAAGUUAUGACAGCCCCCUGGAAGCUCUGUACGAAGUGAAUGAGGAACGCGUUAGCGGCUUGGAGGAUCUUAUUGGGAGCUUCCAGAAGGAGCUGAAGAAAUUGCACAAGAAAGUGCGCAAGCUGGAGGAUUCAUGCAAUGCUGUUGAUGCUGAGCCCGUAGCACAAAUCGUUCAACUGGCGCCCGCACCACUGCCCGCCGCCGUGAAGCCUAAGCGGAGCCACUGCGUCGAUGAUAAGGGCACCACGCGAUUGAACAACGAGGUUUGGACACCGGAUGUGUGCACCAAGUGCAACUGCUUCCACGGACAGGUGAACUGUCUGCGUCAACAGUGCGGCGAGGUCAGCUGCCCGGCUGGCAUUGAGCCACUGACUCCUCCAGAAGCCUGUUGUCCACACUGCCCCGUAAUGCCAACCAAAUCCAAGGUGGUUAAGUGAGAUGGGCUGAGGAUUUAGCAAUUUGCAUAUCGACUUAACGAUUAAUCAAAACUGUAAUUCUUAGUAGCCACAUUAACACUUAUAGCCGGAUUCCACUGGCUCAUUUACAUAUAAUGAUGAGACUUGUAUCGACUUGUUUUAUCAAGAAUUAUCGUUGGUCUUUUAUCCCAUUAAGAGGAAAAUUUACUUAUGGUGUCAAAGAUUAAAGUUGAAUAAAACAAAUAUACGAACCUUAAACCUGUGGAAUCCCUCUAUAAACUCUAAUCGAUGACGCACACAGAGCAAGCAAUUAAUUAACAAUUAACUAAACAUUUACUGCUACACAUGUAACAAUAAAGCACAUUAAUAGCAAAAC